CAAAAUUAAGUUUGUCAAUGAUAAUUGAUAAGCCGCACAAUUGCAGUCUGUCAUUUUAAAUGUGUCCAUUAGAAUGGAAUAGCUUUUGGUUUAUUCAGGAAGGACCUUUUCAGAUUUUUCCAAAGAAGAUAAUUUAAGCGGACACCAUGGACACCACAGUGAAAGCCUACAUACCUACGAUUCUCAAAACUGUUGGGAUUUGCAUGCUAACCCUGGGUGUUGUGAAAGCGAUACAGAUCGUACGUUUUGUAAGGAAACGUUGGGACAUGUUUAAAGAAUGCCCCAUCGUCGGGGAUUUCCGCUUCAUUUCGGGAACUCUUCAUAUGUAUUCUGGACCCGACCACAAGACGUUCAAGACGAUGCAGUACAUAGCUAAGAACUUCAGACGCUACCACAUGGACUGGAUGGGACCGAUUCUGCCCAGUUUCAUUCUGUCACACCCAGACGUCGCCAAGUUACUUCUCAAGACAUCAGAACCAAAAGCCAGGAAUCUCGGACUAGGGAUGUCAGCAUCAUACGAGAUGGGCGUGCCAUGGCUGGGGGAGGGACUUCUGAUAGCCAAUGGGGAGCGUUGGGCCAGAAACAGACGGCUGCUGACGCCAGCUUUCCACUUCGACAUCCUCAACCCAUACGUGACCGUCUACAACAAGGCAGCUGACGUCCUGCUGGAGAGGGGGGGGGGAAGGAUGGAGGCGUCUAGCAGCAGGGACGAACCGUUCGAGCUGUUUGAGAAUAUAACUCUGACGUCAUUGGACAUACUGCUUCAAUGUGCGUUCUCCUACAACAGCAACUGUCAGAUAAUAGGAGACAAACACCCGUAUGUGACCGCUGUGCAGGAGCUGACAGACUUGUGGGUCAACAGAUCUCUACGACCCUGGCUGUACUUGGACUUUGUUUACAAGUUGACGCCAGAUGGCAGGCGGUUCCAGAGACACUGUAAUUACGUACACAAGGUGGCCGAAGACAUCAUCAGAGCGCGCAAACACGCCCUGGAGUCAAAGCCAGCCAAUAGUCCGAAGUCGGACGACAAACACAAAUACCUCGAUUUCCUAGAUAUAUUGCUCACGGCUAAAGACGAAAAUGGAGUUGGUAUGACGGAUUUGGAAAUCAGAAAUGAAGUUGAUACGUUUCUGUUUGAAGGUCACGACACAACGACGAGCGCCAUCUGCUGGAUAUUGUAUUCCCUGGCUGAACAUCCGGACAUCCAGGAACGAGUUUACCACGAGGUGGCGCAACUCAUGGCCAAUAAGGAAGGUGAAUUCUUGGCCUGGGAUGACCUACAACAUAUGAAGUAUCUUCAUCUGUGCAUCAAGGAAGGCCUCCGCCAACACACACCGGUGCCAUUCGUUCAGAGAAAGACUACACAGGAAAUGGUCCUCGACGGGUGUAAAAUUCCUCCCGGGUCUCUCGUGGCGGUCCAGAUUUACGAACUACAUCACAACCCUGAUGUGUGGGAAGAACCAAACGAGUUCAGACCGGAGAGAUUCCUGCCGGAAAACAUGAUCGACAUGGACCCUUAUGCUUUCGUAGCAUUUUCGGCUGGGCCAAGAAACUGCAUUGGUCAGAACUUCGCCUUGAGGGAGAUAAAGACUGUGAUAGCGAGGAUUAUUUACAGAUAUCAAAUGACGUUGGAUCCAUCGCACGAAGUGAGGCCAAAGCUGUCUUUAGUAAUGAAAGCCGAAACUGGGAUCAAGAUUUUGGUAAAACCAAGGACUUGAAUAUAUGUCUAGUCAGUGUACUAAAAAUUUUUUUAUAAUUACCAUGAACUAAAAAAAACCCACAUCUGUACAGUGUUGUCAAAAUGUUAGUAAAACUAAGAAAUUGAAUUCUCAUCUCUACAGUGUGGUUAAAAUGUUAAUAUAACCAAGUACUUAAAUACAGAUAUCUACAAUUCGGGCAAUAUUUUAGUAAUCAAGGACUUAAAUACACCUGUGUAGUGUUGUCAAGAUUUUAGUAGAAUCAAGAACUUGAAUUCACAUCUCUACAGUGUGGGGGUUUUUUUUUGUUGUUGUAAAAACAAGUACUUAAAUCACAUUUCUACAAUGUGGUAAAGAUUUUUUUUAAAUUAAAAUAAGCAAAUUGAAAUCACAUAUUUACAGUAAUAGUGUGGUCAAUAGAUUAGUAUAACCAGGGACUUAAGUUAAGUCACAUAUCUGCAAUGUGGUCCAAAUUUUAUUAAAAUCAAGGACUUGAAUGGACUAGACUAGAUGUUUAACGAUACCCCAGCAUGAAAAAUAUAUCGGCUACUGGAUGUCAAAACUAUGGUAACUGCAAUAAACAAAUAAAUUAAAAAAAAGUGCCAAGGAACUGGAUACACAUCUGUAUAGUAUGGUCACGGUUUUAGUAAAAACAAGGCCUGUAAUAUACAGAGAUCAUUAUAUGAGCUCGUGUGUCGUACUGAUUUUACGAAACGAGUGUCAGGAUUUUUGUAUUGCCCGAGCGAGAGCGAGGGUAAUAAAUGAAUCCUGACACGUAAAAUCAGUACGAGUCACACGCUAGUGUAAUAAUUUC